GUCAAGUACGUCGCUGGAAGUAAACAAGUAUCACGAUUACCGUGCACUCGUCGGCGAUGUGUUCCUGAGAAACAUCAUUAAAUGAGUGUUAGAUACGUGAGAAUGCUUCAUCAAAAGUGUAGACAGGGCUUGUAUCCGUCUAGUGGCAUGAAAAGAUUCGAGGUAAUCGAAGAAAAAGUUCCAUGGACGGUCGAGUAUCCUGAAUACAAGCCGGUCGCAUACACCGCUGCUGUUCUUCGUGACAAACCUUGGGCCGAUCCAGAAAUCGAAAAACCCACAUUUGAACCAAAGUGGAACGCAGUGGACGGUAAAGUGAAUCGAAAGAGUUUUACGGGUGACUACGUUAUCAACGCGAAUGGCUAUCCAUUGAAUCCCGUAGGACGAACCGGCAUCGUCGGACGCGGACUUCUAGGUCGUUGGGGACCGAAUCACGCCGCCGACCCGAUCGUUACACGAUGGAAACGCAAUAAUACCGGAACCGUGGAGAUAGAUGGAUACACAAGGAAACCGAUAUUGCAGUUCGUUGCGAUACAAAGACGGGAUUCCGGCGAGUGGGCCAUUCCGGGAGGUAUGGUCGACCCGGGUGAGGCAGUUUCUGCCACAUUGAUGAGGGAAUUCAUGGAGGAAACGCUGAAUUUCCUGGAGAAAGACGAAGCUGAGAGAAAGAUUCUGCGCGAUUCUAUAGCGGACUUCUUUGCAAAAGGCGACGAGAUUUACAAGGGAUACGUGGACGAUCCGCGAAACACGGAUAAUGCUUGGAUGGAAACGAUAGCUAUCAAUUUUCACGACGAGGACAGUAGUGUCGUCGGGAAACUCGCGUUGAAGGCCGGAGACGACGCGCGUAAUGUCAGAUGGAUGGAUAUAAACUGUCGGAUUAAUUUGUAUGCGAAUCACAGCGAGUUCAUUAAAAAGACCGUGUCACGACGCGAUGCGCAUUGGUGAAAUUUGAUUUGCAACUUUUCUUCUUCCAGACAUUUUCAAAAUAAUUUCUCUUGAUUUUUCAAAAUCACACGCUCUAUACGAGUCCCGACUUGUAAAACCUGAGCAAUUUUUUCAAUUGUAUAAAAUUGAAAAGUUGGAUAUAAAGUAAGAAUUUAGAAAAAAAGCCAUUCGUUAACUUUCUACAGUCCGUAUCAGAUGACGGAUUAGGAUUGAGAUUGGAUUGGCCAAUCAGAGCAAGCUCACUAAUUCAAGUUUAGUGGACUUUCCUCUGACCGGCCACAUUUGAAUCCAAUCUCGAUCUUAAUCUUUAGUCUGAUAUGAGUUUAAGCGUUAUUACAAUAUGAUAAAUUGCCUUCGAUAAAGGAUAUUGUUGUUAGAAAAAACUGUUAAAUUAUAAAUAAAAUUUAUAUUUUUUUUAUAUCAUAAUAUCAUAUAAACUACGAAUAUGCAUUAUAAAUGAGGUAUACGUACCAAUUGAUAAAACCUUCAGUUAACAAAAUAAAAUAUUAAUGAAAACUGACGAUUUAUAUAUUCAUUGAAAACAUAUAAUGAUUUAUUAUAUAAUA